AUGGCGACCCGGGCAGAAGAAUCCCACGAUGCCAUCACGGCCGUGGACACCCUGGCCCAUGGCACAGGGAGAGAGAAGGCAGCGGACUUCCUAGCCACCGUCAAAGAGGAAGAACGGACAUUCAGCCCAGAAGAAGAAAAGCGCGUUCUUAGACGCAUCGAUCUCCGUAUACUGCCUCUUCUGCUAGGAGCAUACUUCUUCCAACAACUGGACAAAUCAACGCUGUCGUACGUGUCCAUUUUUGGCCUCGUCGAGGAUGCACAUCUGCACGGCCAGCAGUACUCAUGGCUUGGAUCUAUUCUGUAUCUUGCCCAACUAGUGGUGCAACCACUUGCUGCCUUGCUACUUGUAAAGGCCCCAACAGGGAAAGUCAUCGGAACCGCGGUGCUGCUAUGGGGAAGUUCGCUGGCCAUCAUGGCAGCGUGCACGGACUUUGCCAGCCUACUAGGGCUACGACUAACCUUGGGGACAUUUGAGGCUAUAAUAGCACCCUCAUGUGUGGCCGUCACGCAAAUGUGGUGGCGUCGAGGCGAGCAGACCCUUCGGACGGCAAUAUGGAACGCGAUGAACGGGGUCACCUUUAUAGUCGGAAGUCUAUUCACGUACGGACUCGGCCACAUCUACAGCGACAACCUCUACUCCUACCAGGCGAGUAUCCUCUCCCCACCCAUCCAUAAUAUUCACAUAAUAACCCUCGAAACACAGAUAAUCUUCAUGUUCUGCGGUCUCCUCACCGUCGCCUACUCAAUCCUAGUCCUAAUCUUCAUGCCCGACUCCCCCAUGGAAGCCAAGUUCCUCUCUGAACGCGAGAAAGUGAUCGCUGUGGAACGUCUCCGAGCCAAUCAGAUGGGCAUCAUCUCGCGCGAAUGGCGAUGGGAUCACGUCUGGGAGACGGCAUACGACGUGAAGACGUGGCUGUGGUUUUUUCUCAUCGUGACUAUCUCUAUCCCCAGCGGCGGUAUCAGCACAUUCGGCAACCUCAUCAUCAAGUCCUUCGGCUACGGAUCGUUCGAAACGAUCCUCUUCAACAUCCCCUUCGGCGCUAUUCAGGUCAUCGCCAUCCUAGGCGGAGGGUGGCUGGCCACGCGGUUCCAGCGGAAGGGGCUCGUGAUUGCCUUGUUUGCGGGGAUUUCUGCCAUUGGGACGUUAUUGAUGAUCGUUGUGCCAAGAGAGCAGAAGGGUGUUCUUUUGUUUGGAUAUUACUUGGUCUCCUGUCUUGCGGCCAUAACGCCCCUCGUCUACGCCUGGGAAGCGCAAAACACUGCCGGGGAUACCAAGAGGAAGUGCACUUCAGCCGUGGUGCUGAUUGGGAUGUGUGCUGGCAAUGUCAUUGGCCCCCAACUCUACUCCACCUCCCAAGCACCGCUAUAUCGACCGGGCCUUAUAUCCAAUCUUAUCCUGUUCGUGUUGGUCGCGGUCUUUGCUAUACUCGCUAAUUUAUAUCUCAUCUAUCUGAAUCGGAAGCAUGCACGACGGAGGACGGAACUGGGCAAGUCGGCUCAGAUUGUCGAUGAGUCCAUGCUUAGGAAGAAGGCUGUGGAGCAGGGGAAGGAUAAGGUUCUGGGUGGUGGUAUGUUAUGUUCGCGGGUAUUCUUUUGA